GUCAUUUCAAACAAAAGCAUUCGUACCGCAACAAAAUAUUUUUUUUUUAAUUUUACUAUUUGAGAGAUUGCCUAACGAGAUACUCAAAAAUGGUUGGUCUAGACACAGACCACAACCGGGACGACGAAUGCGACAACAUUGGAUUGGGAUGUGCUUUAGAGCACUUUUCAGAGAUAGAAGAUGUGUUAAACAUGAUUGAUAAUGUGAAAAAUAUAUAUAAUACACCAGCUUUAGAAGUAGAGUAUGAUAGACUGUAUGCAAUUUUGAAGCAAUACUAUGAACAACCACAUCUACUUGAUCCCCAUUUGGACAAGAUGUUAUCGAAAUUUCUGAGCCUUAUUAAGGAUAAAGACUCUCCGUUUGAGUUGAAGCAUGCUACAUUUAACUAUAUGUAUCAAAUUAUCAGAGUAAGAGGGUACAAGAUUGUCAUAAGACAUCUUCCACAUGAGGUGUCAGAUCUUCUAACAGUAUUAACAUUUCUGGAGGCUCAGGAUCCUAAAGACAAGGAGACAUGGAGAAGUAGAUUUGUGUUGUUGUUGUGGCUCUCUAUAGUUGUGAUCAUUCCCUUCCACAUGAGUCGGCUUGAUGGGUUCGCACCUGGACAACCAGAUACUGCUGAAGGAUCAAAGAAACUGACUGUAAUGGAGAGAAUUUUCAAUAUCUGCAAGACUUAUGCUAUGAGUAAGGACUCAUGUGCCGAAGCCAGUGCUUACUUAGCUUCCAAGUUUCUUAUAAGAUCUGAUGUAAAAGAACUGUACAUGGGUGCAUUUUUUGACUGGGCCUGUGAUCUACAUUCCAAUAUACAAGAAGAGGAAACUAUUCACUAUGGUGUGCUAGCCGCAGUUGCAGCUGUACUCAAACAUGGCAAGAGAGAUGAUCUCCUACCACUAGCUCCCAAACUCCUGUCUUGGGUCACCAACCAGAAUUAUCAGCAGCACAAGGCUAUGCUGGUCAGGAAGUAUGGUGUGAAGAUCGUGCAGAGAAUAGGUCUGACAUUCCUCCGUCCGCGCGUUGUAUCGUGGCGUUACACUCGUGGUUCCCGCUCGCUGGCUGUAACUCUCGGCGGUGGGGCUGCGGCCGCUGGGGAUACUGAACCCAUCACUUCUCCACCUGAUGAUGAUGACCAAGAUAUCCCUCAGGAGGUAGAAGAUGUAGUGGAAUUGCUAUUAUGUUCCCUGCGCGACGAUGACACAGUGGUGCGAUGGUCGGCAGCCAAAGGAGUGGGCCGCAUCGGGGCGCGGCUCCCGGCGCUCGCGGCCGCCGACGUCUGUGACAGUGUACUCUCGUUAUUUGCCGAAAACGAACGAGAGAGCGCUUGGCAUGGAGGAUGUAUGGCCUUGGCUGAGCUAGCUCGUCGCGGCUUACUAUCCCCGUCGCAAGUGGGGCAGGGUAUAGCCAGCGUGGUGAGUGCCCUGCGUCGGGACGAGGCGCGCGCGGCGGCGGGGGGCGGCGGCGGGGGCCGCGCCGCGCAGGACUCCGCCUGCCACGCCGCCUGGGCCUUCGCACGAGCAUACGACGCGGCCGCACUCGCGCCUUAUGCAAACCCCCUGGCUUUUGCACUCAUCAGUACUGCUUGUUUUGAUAGAGAGAUAAAUUGUCGCCGCGCCGCUUCUGCCGCUUACCAAGAAAACGUAGGUCGUCACGGCAUGUUCCCACACGGUAUCGACGUACUCACUACGGCAGACUUUCAGUCUGUAGGUCCUAGGAACAAUGCCUACCUAGUGAUAGCCCCACAAGUGGCCUCAUACCCCGAGUACACUCAACCACUCAUAGACCACCUCGUGGAACUGAAGGUUGAACAUUGGGACUGUGCAAUCAGAGAAAUUGCUGCUAAAGCGCUUAAUAAGUUGACUGAUAAGAUACCGGAUUACGUAGCAACGGUUGUGUUACCGAAAUUGGUAAAAAAGACUGAAUCCAUCGACCUGAACGUUAGGCAUGGAGCCAUCUUAGCUAUCGGCGAAUCCAUUUAUGCUCUCUCUCAAGCUAAGUUGCCGAAUGGUAAGACAGCCGACUCCCUGAUAUCGGAGGAAGUGUGUGUGUCGGUGCGGGGCCUGGUGGCGGGGCUGCGGGCCCGGCAACAGUUCCGCGGCCUCGGCGGGGAACUCAUGCGGCAGGCCUGCUGUCACUGCAUCGCUUCCCUGUCUCUGGCUAACCAGCCGUACCAUGGACAUGCUAUUAUUGACGAAUGGCUGAAUCUCAUUGAAGAAUGCUUAUCCCACGAAGUGCAAGCUAUAAGAGAAAAAGCUAUACACGCGCUACCUCUGGUGUUCGACACCUAUUUGCGCGAUGAUAACCUAAAGUACGGCGAGCUGACUUCUAAGGAGAAACGUAAACAACUGAUGGAGAAGUAUUGUGAACAGCUCACCAACACGGGGGUCAAUGGAUUGGUGCUGAGGAUGGGGUACGCUAGGGCUGUUGGCUCCCUACCAAAGUUCGUGCUAACCGAACACCUUUCAUUGGUAAUUAAGUCUCUGAUCAACUGUACCAAGGUGACAGACGGGACUCAGAAAUGGGCCGAGGCGAGACGUGACGCAGUGGUUGGACUCACUGAGGUGUGCCAGACACAGGGCAUUGUGGGGGGAGUGCGGGAUUAUGUCGGAGGGAUCGUGGAGGCAUUGCUCGACUGUCUGUCUGAAUAUACUAUCGAUAUGAGGGGAGAUAUCGGCGCUUGGGUGCGAGAGGCUAGUAUGACUGGUCUGCUAUCAAUCAGUCGGCAGUGCGCGGUAGAGGCGCCCGAGUUGAACAGUCCGGCGUUAGUGUCGGCCAUCAUGUGUGGAGUGGCCCAGCAAGCUGUGGAGAAGAUUGACCGGACCAGGGCACACGCUGGAAGGAUCUUCACCUCGCUCAUAUACAAUGACCCACCAAUCACGAACAUUCCCCACCACGAUGCUUUGAAACGCAUAUUUCCUUGUGAAGAAGUGGAACUGAAGCCUCCAGCAAAAGAAGUGGAGGAAGACCAAACAACGACCAGUGAGAACACCAACGUUGUACUGUGGCUCUUCCCUGGACAUACAAUGCCCAGAUUCGUGCAACUGUUGAAUUACCCGGACUAUCGGUACAAUGUUAUCAAGGGAUUAGUUGUCAGCGGAGGAGAGUUGACUGAGAGCUUGGUAAAACAUACAACUCAGUCCCUAUAUGCUUACCUCAACACUUUGCACGAUAACAAAGAAAUGUUGAAGUCUAUCUGCGACACGAUCAUCAAAGUAUUUGCUGAUAACCUCCAUGUCAAGAGGAUAACGGGACCUAUGUUCAAUUUCUUGGAUCGCUUGUUGAGUUCAGGCUCCAUAUCACCGAUACUAGAGGACCCUGAAUCGACGUUUGCUAUGGACAUACUGAAGCAUUUACAACUAGAACUUCGAGGUGGAAAGAACAUAUACAAGCUCUUAGAUUCUAUCAACGUUUUAUGUCAGCUUAUUCAGGUGGGUGGAGUAGUAUGCAGUAGAUCACUAGGGCAGCUAGUGAUCUACCUGUGCUACGCGGACCGCUAUGUGCGACGCUGCGCCGCGGCCAGACUGUACGAGGCGCUCACACUCUACGGGGACGUAUGCUCCGUGCCGCAGGAUAAUAUAGACCAGAUAAUGUCAGUGCUCGCAGAAACGGACUGGGAAAGAGAAGUAGCAGAACUAAGACCUAUAAGGAACGAACUCUGUGACCUCAUGGAUAUAAAGAGGCCGGUUAUGAAGCAAAAGACGGGAGCAUAAGAUUUUAUAGAAAGUUUUUAUAUUGUAGCACUUACUAACGCUUUGUAUAGCUUUAUUGUAUGAAGGAAUUGCAUUAGAGACCCGAUUGUACGAACUUGCCCAGACCUAAUAAGGCGUGCUGAUAAUCCUAGGGUUCUUGUGAGAGGAAAAAGGCCCAAUCUUCCUCCCUCGCUAUAAGGUCGGUAACGCACUUGUAUCUCAUCUGUGUUGUGGCUGGUUGCUUACCAUCAAUUGAUCGGCUUUCUGGUUAAUCCCCCCCCCCCCACCUAUUUUCCACAAAAAGUCUUGUUUACAGGACUUGUUAAAGAAAUAUAU